CCACAUCCAAGAGAUUGAGUGGACCCAUGCGACCGAGCGAAGUGCACUCGAAUUCUAGGUAUGUUCCCUUCGACAAGACACCCAGACAGACAGACAGACAGACAGACACGCAAAAGUCCAAACCUCUCUACGAUCCUCAGCUUUGGCAGCUCACACGGUGUCCGCCCUCCCGCCCUUGACGAGUGUCUACACACUAGCUUGCUGGCGAAAAAUAAAGACAAUGAUGGCUGGUAUGUACCUACCGACCUGCCUACCUACGAGCACUCAUAAUCAUGCAUCGGUCAUGAACGCAUGUCUGUCUGUCUGUCUCUGUGCGGCACCCUCAACAAAAAGGCACUCAAAAAUACACACACCACCCGGUGCGCACUUGUCCGCGCACACAUGGACCAAACAGUCAUGCAUAGCCUACCGAGCCACACACACACACAGGGCACACCAGUGGGCUUUGCUUUGAUUGAGUAGUACACCGGUGUGUACUUCGUCGCGUCAGUCAAAGUGCGUACGUACCAGCUCUGUGUGCGAGUAGUUUGAGCUGCUCCAGCCACAGAAACAUGAAGAUCGAGUGGCCCCCACCACGGCCGAAGUACGGCCAGAAGCCCUUCCACAGGGACAGAGGGCCCUCCAACGAGCCGAUGCGCCACAUCGUCUGGGAGGGACCAACCAACAUAGCACACGCAGACAGACACAUGAGAUGCUCUGGUGCAUGCGUCUGGUGUGAGCUUGACUGAUGUUCGAGCCGGCACCUGGAAGAUGUUUCUGUACUGAGGUAUCUCGCCCGCCGGGGUCUUCUGGUUCUGCAUCCUGGUCUUGGCGAUGUCGAAGGGCAGCGACGCCGCGGAAUAGGUGAAGCCGCUGAUCAGAGAGGCCGAGAAAUGGAGACCAACCUGACACACAGACAUACACAAACACAGAGAGAGGAGAGAGAGAGAGAGAGAGAGAGAGGUUCUUUAAUGCACACAGAAGCCUUCAAGCUUGACCGAUUUACUGACCCCCUUGAGUGGCGUCAUGGCCAUGAGGACCUCCUUAGCCUGGUCAUAGCUGCCGAACUGCACCAUGUUGACGACCAUUGCCCGUGCGACAGUCGGUGUGGACCCCCUCCAGCACGUUAGAAUGCCCUCCUCUUUGGCUAUCCUGUACAAGGCGUUGAAGACGUUAGUGUAGCCCCGCCGCUCGGCCACCGGCAACCGGCCGUCUGCCUGCAUCCGCACCAACGAUACCUCCACAGGACAGCAGACGACAGACGCAAUGGCGCCCGAUGUGAGGCCGCAGCCGAGCUUGACGGCCACUGUCGGGUUGGCACCCGGCACCGUGUAGCGGUCCCUCAGGCUGACAAGACACGGUGAGCGGCACUUCCUGUGUGAGCCUGUGCGUCUGUCUGUCUUUGUGGCCCACGUACAUUUGAUAGAGUCCGCCUCUCAGUGUGGUGUAAGUUGCCUGCCGCGUGAUGCCCGCACUCAAACCGCUGACACACAGACAGACAGACAAGAGCAAUCGUCCAGACAGCAGCAUUGUGUCGUCGGCGUGGUUCACGUGUGAUUCGUUCACCUGUACAGUCCCCAAAGGCCCUCCGUCUUAAAUAUCUUGGCCACCGCAUCCACACUGUUCUGCACAGAAACAUACAUGCAACCGAGCAUGGCGGCGGAGGAGAGGACCGUGCUGCGCUGACUGACCACCGAGCUGACACGCACAGCGAUUCUGUCUGUCUGUCUGUCUGUCGGUCUCUGCACGAGUACCUUGUAGAGCUUCGUCCCGCCGCCCUCAGCGUUGAGCUGCAUCCGAAUCUUCAACACUGAAUCAAUCAACACAACAAACCAUUCACACACAGAGAGAGAGAAUAACAUUCUCGGAGUGUGUGUGCACCGCACCAUCGAAGGGGUGAACUGGCAGCCAGCCAAGAAUCCCGGCGCUGCCCGAGAGCAGCAGCGUCAUGCCUGGGGAGGGCUUGAAUGUCGGAGGACUUGCAGAUCCACUCAUGAGAUGAUGGAUUGGAUGGAUGGAUGGAUCUCCACCCGCAGAUCUUUCUCACCAGCUCACCACCCACUCAAUAAACGAGCAUCAACAGAAACAGAAAGUGUGCGACUCGUAGAUCUGCCCCCGAAUGCUCCCGAUGCGCUGUCGAAGAGGGGUCAAUCUUCAC